AUGAAUAAUUCACUUAUUUUAGUAUUUUUGGUUGCAUUAUUCUGGUGUUCAAGUAUUCAGACUGAUAUUUACCCUGAAGUAAAUUUAGCUAAAAAUGUGGAAAUAAGCGACACGUAUUAUAAAAACUGCGCACCAUCGGUUACUUGCAAUAGCACUUCUAAAUAUAGAACCAUUGAUGGAACGUGCAAUAACUUAGAAAAUCCAUUAUGGGGUUCAACUAAUACUCCUUAUAUUCGACUGGGUCCAGCUUAUUACGAUGAUGAAAAAUAUGCAGAAGCAAUUUCUGAUUUAAAACACCAGUUCAAGUUGAGGUUCUCAGAUUUCAAAGCUAAUGAAACAUAUUUUAAUUUGUUUUCAAUUCCAUUUUCAUUACCAGUUGAAGAUGUCCCAGAAAACAUGCAAAUUGAGAUCAUUGAUUUACAAAACAAUAAAGUAUUAAAAGAAAAGUACAAUUAUGUUGAACUUUCAAUUUUUUCUUCAAAAUAUAUUAACACAGAGACAUAUCCUAAUCUUCGAAACAACGCAUUAAGAAUGAUGUCUCUUUUUGGCAGUACUUACACUUGUGAACAUAUUUUUUCACGAAUGAAAAUUGUCAAAUCGAAAAAUAGAGUUCGGUUAACUGACAGUCACUUGGAAAGUUCACUUAGAAUUGCCUCGUCGCAGAUCCAACCAAAUAUAAACAAAUUAGUUAGUGAAAAACAGUGUCAGUUAUCACACUAA